AUGGCGUGGCCAAACCCGUUCAGACGACGGGAUGAGCACACCCGCACAUGCUGGGGAUACACUUUCCAGUUGACUCCAGAUCAUCUGACGCCCGAGCAGGCACAUCCAUUGAAAUUCUCCUACGAUGUACUUGGAGAAGAGUGUUAUGAUAUCUUGAAGCAAAUAAGCCCGCAAGAGGCGCCGAGAGCAGAGACUCCAUUACCGAAAUCUGAAUCACUUCAGAAAUCGCGCGAGACAGUCCCAAGUGGCGAGAAACCAUCAAAGCCAAAGCCAGAUCUCUAUGCUAUUUUUCGUGACAACCAUGAAAAUGACCCCAAGUUACAACAGCUCUGGGAUGAAGUCACGACGAUCCCGGACUGGGUUGACUGGGACCAAAUCGCUCGAGGACAGGACAUAUUCUACCGAUACGGAGGCGCGACAAUGACAGGCUUAGCAUAUCAAUCCCUCCUAGGCGGUAUGGGAGCGAACCGUGUGGUCGAAGUCCUCGCCCGCACGGGUGGCUUUUCCGUCAAAGUGGCACGCCACAGACUCUUCGAAACAGCCCAGCACAUCCUCGAAUGCACCCGGUCCCUCGAAUCAAUCCGACCAGGCGGUGCAGGCUUCUCAUCCAGCAUCCGCGUCCGCCUACUACACGCUGCGGUGCGCGCACGCAUCAUGAAACUUGCCGAGACGCGACCCGAAUACUACUCGGUCGAGAAAUACGGCGUGCCGAUCAACGACCUGGACUGCAUCGCGACGAUCGGCACCUUCUCAGGCACGAUCAUCUGGCUCUCACUGCCGCGACAAGGGAUCUGGCUCCGCGAGCAGGAAGUGCACGACUACAUCGCGCUGUGGCGGCUGAUCGCACACUACAUGGGCACGCCGACCGAGUGGUUCUCGUCGCCGGCCAAGGCCAAAGCCAUGAUGGAGUCGCUACUGAUGAACGAGAUCAAUCCGAGCGAGACGUCGAAGAUCCUCGCCGCGAAUAUCAUCCGUGGCCUCGAGGCGCAACCGCCGACAUAUGCGUCCCGCUCGUUCCUGGAGGUGAAUGCCCGCUGGUUGAAUGGGAAUGAGCUCUGUGAUGCGCUUGGGCUGGGGAGGCCGAGUCUUUGGUACUGGGCGCUUAUGUCUGGUCAGUGUAUCUUCUUCAUGAGUGUUUGUUACCUGUAUCGAUCGAUACCGAGUCUUGAUAAGCGGAAAGUGUCGGCGUUGAGGAAUGUCUUCUGGGCGCUGAUUGUGGAGGGUAAAUAUGGGUUGGGUCAGGAGACGGUGUUUGAUUUCAAGUAUAUUCCGGACUUCAAUGUCAUCACGGCAAGAGGAGGCGAUGAGCAGGCUAAGAUGAUGGAGGCCGGUGUUGAGCGGAGGAGUUUGAAUACUUUGCUCAUUGCUACAGGUUGUCUGUUGUUCACAGGCUAUGUUGGUUUGAAAGUGACAGCGGGCAUUCUAGGAAGGAUUUUCUAG